CUAAAUCACAAAAUAUACCAAAAUCUUCACAAACGAAUAAUCUCAUUUAAAGGGUCCGUUGUUUUUAAAGAAAAUGGAGAAAAAUGGGCAAUUGGGACUAGAAACACGUUAGGGUUUUUGGAUAAAAUGCCUGUCAAAAGUACUGCGAGGAUGGGAAAAACACUAGGCCCUCGUUCUUAACAAAAAGGUCUCCGAUCGAAUUCAACUCCCACGAAAAAGGUUUCCACGGUCCUCUUUCCAUUUCCAAAAACGCUGAUUUCCGGCGAGAGUACCCCCUCCCAACUUCAUCAAUUUAUUCUGUAUAUCGAGUACCAUAAUUGUUUGAGAGAACAGGCGCCCGUUUAUUGUCGUUGCAGUCGCAUCGUUCUGCCAGUGACAGUUCCGUUUUGCAUUUGGAGCUGAACGACGUUAUUGAUUCUAUUUAGCGAGACAGGUGGUGGACCGGCGUCAUCGCAGGAGCUGUAGAACACUGGCCAUCACCUUCCAGAACUCUCCGGACGGAAUUCAAUUUUGAAUUCGGGUCAAGCGAAAAUGGGUUGAUGGCAAAUGGAUCCGACCCGAGGAGCAGCAAGAUCGAUCAUUGGGGUAGGCGAAAAGGUGGAAAUCUGGUUUGAGGAAGACGAUCUACGCGAUGCUUGGUUCCCUGCAACUGUAAUUGAAGAAUUGGGAAACAAUCGAUUCCUUAUUGAAUACCAGUGUGACAAGGCAGAUCUUCGUAAAGUCACAGUAGAUCGUCAUCACAUUCGCCCCGCAACCCCUCCGAUUAAGGAUACGAAUUUUGUUUUGUUAGAGAAGGAGAGAGAAGUCAGUCACCUGGAAUUAAGGCUGCAUGUUGAGCAUGGUGAAUCAAGCUCUGUGAAGCGUAGCUCUGAAGAGAGAUCAGCUGUUUUGUUAAACGUUACGGGUCCAAUUGACAAACAAACUUCCAUUGUAGCAUCAACGAUGAAGAGAACAAAGGUGACAAGUGCUGGCAGCAACGAUAAACAUCUGAGGCCUUCUAAGAAGUUAAAGCCUGGAAUCACUUUUGAUGAUCAAACCCUAUCAGAUGUGGGAGGAGGAAGUAAAGAAGCAAACAACCCAACUGCAACUGCAACUGCAACUGCAACUGAGAAUCUUUCUCGUGGAAAGAGAGUGCUUGUUAACCGAGAAAAGAAUAUUGAGUCGAGCAGUCCAGUGAUUACUUCUGCAAGAAAGAAGGGGAGAUCAGCAGCAGCUGAUUCUAAAGGUGUGAAAGCUUUACCCCAAGGGGAGAUGAAAAUACAGACCCCGAAGAUUGUUGAGAAGGAGCAUGUUCCCAGAGAGUUUGGUCCUCCUAUUACAUGUGUUAUGGGUUUGCAGUGUAAAGCCAUGACUAUCUCACAAACCAAGAAUGUGAAGAAAACUGUGGAGUCAGGUGUUCCAUUGACACCCAAGACAACAGGCAGUCAGGAGGAAAAGGCAGCGGAUGGAGGCGUGAGUCUGAAGAGGAAGAGGGGAAGGCCAUUCAAAUCACAACCCAAGACACCCUUGGCAGUGACCCAUGCGAAUGGAGAUGCAGGGCAGCAGAGAAACACUCCAGUAGUGAAUAAUGCAGAAAAGCUGCCAAAUACAAGUGUGAAGUAUCAAUCAGUAAAAGGCAAACGAGGCAAGCGACGAAAAAUAAAAAGCAUAAACAUCGUAUCUCCAGCGCAAGCACAAGUUGGUAAAGAUUCAUCAUCGAAACAAAAAGCAAAGGAGAAUGGGGGUUCAGGUUCAGAAGUAGUUGUUGAGAAAUCAGCAGACAGAAUGUCGAUGUCAAUCUCAAUCUCGGAUGAUCAACCACUGUCGAGGUGGAUUGAAGGGAUGCAGCAGCAGCCUUCAGCAUCGGUGAAGAAACAGAUUGAAAAGCUGUCGUUUGAGAAACGAAGCACGCUUUGGGCGACAUUGGAAUCAAUGGAACUGUUCCGGAUGAUCCCACAAAAGCCGCAUUUCCGUCCACUGGAGAAGGAGAAGGAAUGCACGCGCGAAGGACAUGCCAUCAGCAAAAUGGUGAACUACCUGCGGGUGGUGGAGGCCGCCUCACAGAUGAAACUGGAGAGCCCAAGAAGCGCGUAUGAUGACAACAUGGAGGCGCUGCUGGAAUUGGAAUCCCAUGGAUUUGAUGUCAAGGCUGUGAGAGAGCGCUUGAGGGGGUUGCUGAGGAUCAAAGAGAAGCAGGAAGGCCUGGAAGAAGAGUCGAAGAAAGUGAAAGAGAAAAUGGAGGCGGAAAGAGUUGAAGGGGUGAGGAUUGAUAAGGAGAUUGAGUUGGUGGAUAAACAGGUGGUGGCCCUGCUGGAGAAACGUGUACAGGUGUUGAAGAAGAAGGAGAAGAAGGAUGCACAGGUUGGCGUGUUGGAAGCUGAGGUGGAUGGGAUUCGUCAAGGGAUCGAUCAGGCUAGACGCAAUUUUGAUGACUUGGCUGCUGCAUCUCUUUGUGUUUCUUCUGUAUCUCAGCAAGCAUGAUAUAUAUGAUAUAAUGCUCCAUGGAAAGAAGAAGAAGAAGAAGAAGAAGCUUUGUUUUUUUUUUUUCUUAAUUUGUUGUGGUUGUGUUAGUCAAGUCAAGUGACUGUAGG